CACGUACGCACAUGCAAUAUCUGUAUAAAAAGUGGAUAUUGAGAAUGUGUGUCAUUCGUGAGUGACCAGUUUCAGACAUUUCGUGUCUUCCAAUAAUCGAGGAGCCGUCUCCUGUCUCUCUGUCUUAAUUUGCCAUAGAUCCCGGCAUGGCUGAGGUUUCCAGCGAACUCCAUGCGGCGGCUCAAACCGCCGGAACCACCGUCGCGGCUGCAGCUCAAUCGCCGCCGGAGAAUGCAAACGAGUGCCAGAAGCGGACGAACACCAUCGCCGGAAACCCACCGGCAUCUAUCGAGAUGGGACGUUAUGGCUUCUCCGGCGGCAAUUUUUCAUUGCCUAAAGCUGAAAAGUCUCGGAAAGUAUCGGUUUUGCCGCUCGUUUUCCUCAUCUUCUACGAAGUUUCAGGCGGAGCUUUCGGGGCGGAGGACAGUGUAAAAGCAGCAGGACCAUUGUUGACCAUUCUAGGGUUUCUGAUCUUCCCGUUCAUGUGGUGUGUUCCCGAGGCAUUGAUCACUGCAGAAAUGGGGACAAUGUUCAAUGUGAACGGUGGCUACGUGGUUUGGGUCUCCUCCGCUUUAGGACCCUUUUGGGGAUUUCAGCUCGGUUGGAUGAAAUGGCUGAGCGGCGUUAUGGAUAACGCCUUGUAUCCAGUCCUCUUCCUCGAUUACUUAAAAUCUGAAAUCCCAUCUCUCGGUGGAGGUUGGCCACGAACCAUGGCGGCCUUGGCCUUGACUUUGAUACUGACCUACUUGAAUUACAGGGGCUUACACAUUGUGGGUUUUGUUGCUGUUCUUCUCGGGGUUUUCUCCCUCCUUCCAUUUCUGGCCAUGGGUCUUGUCUCAAUCCCAAAGCUAAAGCCUUCGAGAUGGCUUGUCGUGGACCUGCAUCAUGUGAACUGGAACUUGUAUCUGAACACUCUCUUCUGGAAUCUGAAUUACUGGGAUUCGAUCAGUACACUUGCUGGUGAAUUGGAGAACCCAAACAAGACCCUUCCGAGGGCUCUGUUCUAUGCUUUGAUUCUGGUCAUCGUUUCUUACAUCUUCCCCCUCCUGACUGGAACCGGAGCUAUUCCUCUGGAUCGGGAGCUUUGGACUGAUGGGUAUCUCGCUGAUAUUGCUAAAGCUAUAGAGGGAGAAUGGUUGGGAUGGUGGGUUCAGGCUGCUGCAGCCACAUCAAACAUGGGUAUGUUCUUGGCCAAGAUGAGCAGCGACUCAUUUCUGCUUCUCGGGAUGGCAGAGCAUGGUGUGAUCCCGGAGUUCUUCGCCAAGAGAUCUCGCUAUGGAACACCAUUGGUCGGGAUACUGUUCUCGGCCUCGGGUGUUAUACUCUUGUCUUGGCUAAGCUUCCAAGAGAUUGUAGCUGCAGAGAACUUACUCUACUCCCUCGGGAUGAUGUUGGAGUUCUUUGCAUUCGUAAGGUUGAGAAUGAAAUACCCAAAUGCAUCACGGCCAUACAAGAUUCCCGUAGGAAUCAUCGGCUCGAUUGUAAUGUGCAUUCCUCCCACCAUACUGAUCAGUGCCAUCAUGGCGUUUUCGACUCUCAAAGUAGCGGCAGUAAGCCUUUGUAUUGUUGUCAUCGGGCUGGUGAUGAAACCAUGUCUUGACCACACCAAGAAGAGAUGGCUCAAAUUCUCCAUCAGCUCUGACCUGCCAGAUCUUCACCAUGAAAGUGAAGAAUCUCUGACAGAGUAAACAUACCAUCAGGGAAUCAUUGCAGCAGAGAACAAAUUCCCAACGCUUACUCCAGCCACCCCAGUAGCCAUUUUCUUCUAUUAUCCAUCGACCCUAGCAAAAGUUUUUGUCACAUUCGGUUCGGACAAACACUAUAACAGGGUUUUCCUGUACAUUUAAUCAUAAUUCCUAGAUGUCUGACUUGAACAUCUUUGUCAUAAACAGUAUGUCGUCACUUGUCAAGAACUAGAAAAAGUCCCAAACUUUAAGAACAUGGAAGAAUGAAACAAUGGCGAAACAACUGUGGAAUAGAAUUAGUAAGUGAACGGCGAGGACAAGCCAGUUUUCACCAGUGGAUCUAUACCGGCGAUUGUCUGGCCGCAGCUGAUAUAACAACUCUUGAUUUAUGCACUGUAAAGCUCGAAGACCAUGCCACUGCAAACACAAGCAUGGCCAUUGAAGCAAUGUGCAAUAUGCAAACACAUCUAAAGGGUUGGCACUUUCAGAACUAAUUUCACGAUUAUUACCACAGCA